CGCACCUGUUCAGAGAGUCUGAUUGCAGCUUAAAUGAAAUUGUGAGUCGUAACGCUUUCAUAAAACAUCCUACGUCGAUCAGCGACAAUUAAAAAUAUAAAUUUGUCUCCACGACGUGGUGUUCUGCCUCUGUCGCUGUCGAACGCUGAGAAGGUGCUAAAGGGUUAAAGAUCAGCUCAGCCGUCACUCUGCGGCCAGCGCUGCUGUUGCUGUCUCUGCCUCUCAUACAGACAUUUGCAUUCGCUGUGGAUUGUGGGAGUUGAGGACACUACCCAGGCUUGAUACCGGAGGACCGGAGACAUAUUUUCCCGCUCUGUAAAAGAUCACUACACUGGUAGAGUCUCAGCACCAUGUCUAGCCGAGGAGGAAAGAAAAAGACGACCAAGACGUCCCGGUCUACUAAGGCAGGGGUUAUCUUUCCUGUAGGUCGUAUGCUGCGUUACAUUAAGAGGGGCCUCCCGAAGUAUCGCAUAGGUGUGGGAGCUCCUGUGUACCUGGCAGCUGUCCUGGAGUAUCUCACUGCUGAGAUCCUGGAGUUGGCAGGAAAUGCAGCUAGAGACAACAAGAAAGGUCGUGUCACUCCUCGUCACAUCCUGCUCGCCAUCGCCAAUGAUGAGGAGCUGAACCAGCUGCUUAAAGGGGUGACCAUAGCAGCAGGAGGUGUGUUGCCCAACAUCCAUCCAGAGCUCCUGGCCAAGAAGAGAGGAGCUAAAGGCAAGCUGGAGUCCCCCGUGUCCCCUGCCCCUGAAAAGAAACCCAAGCCAGUCAAGAAAUCAGCAGCAAAAAAACUGAGUGGGAGGAAGGGAAGAGGGAAGGCAAAGAAACAAGGUGAAGUGAGCAAAGCAGCGUCAGCAGACAGCACCACAGAAGGGUCUCCGGGAGACAGCUUCACAGUGCUCUCCACCAAAAGCCUCUUCCUGGGUCAAAAGCUCAAUCUUAUCCACAGUGAGGUCAGCAACUUGGCUGGCUUUGACGUGGAGGGGGUCAUCAACCCCACCAAUGCUGAACUUGAACUUAAAGAUGAUCUAGUUGCAAGUUGUCCAAGCCGACAUUUCCAUCGUGGAGAGCGACGCUGUCGUUCAUCCGACCAACUCCUCCCUCUAUACAGGUGGUCAAGCUCUGCUCUGGAAAAGAAGGGAGGGAAGGAAUUCACUGAUGCACUGCAGGAGCUGAAGAAGAAAAAUGGCCCUCUGGAGGUGGCCGGGGCUGUGUUGACUACUGGCGUUGGUUUGCCCGCUAAAUACAUCAUCCACUGUAACAGUCCAGGCUGGGGCUCAGACAAAUGUGAAGAGUUGCUGGAGAAGACGGUGAAAAACUGCCUGGCUCUGGCUGACGAGAAGAAACUCAAGUCUGUGGCCUUCCCUUCCAUUGGCAGUGGAAGUAAUGGCUUCCCGAAGCAGACUGCGGCUCAGCUAAUCCUGAAGGCCAUAUCCAGCUACUUUGUGGCCACCAUGUCUUCCACCAUCAAGACGGUCUACUUUGUGCUGUUUGACAGCGAGAGCAUCGGGAUCUAUGUGCAAGAAAUGGCCAAGCUGGAGACAAGCUAAAACAACACGCGUGGAGAAUCUGCCUUUUUUUCCUUCUCACUUCCUGUAUUUUUCUGCAAGGAAAUAAGAAGGCAUAUAUUUUGAUUGGUUUAAUAUGAGGAUUAGAAAGGAAAAAAUAGGUGAAACUUUCAAAGGCCGGGAAUCUUUUUUGCAUUACGUUUUCUAAUUUUCUUAUAUUGGUUUUAUUUCCUAACUCCACGUCUGGCCUUUUUGGCAUUUAAAUGGGAAAGUGCACUGUUUAUUUUACAGCGUUUUAAACACAGACAGUGGCAGAUUGAAAAAGUUAGAAGUCUCACUUUGAAAUUUAAUUUUAACUUUCACUAUAUACAGUAUAUAUAGAUAUUAAUUAUCAUAGUAUUAUGAACACCUCGGUUAAAAGGCUUCAAGAGAAGUCAGACAAUACGGGUUUAGCGCAUGUCUCUGCGGUAUGACGUUGACAACAGCUGUCCUCUUGAGCUCAAAAACAAAUAUCUAGGUUUCAUUGUGAAAUUUUGGUGUCGUUUUUGCAUCAUCUCUGUUCAUAUUACUGUGAAUUGAGAAAGAAAAGAGUGAAAUAAGAGUUGGAUUUGAUGAGGGAAUCAUUGACUUUCGGUUAUUGUGCUGGUGUUACGUAUUCCUCCUUUCGCCAUCCUUUACGCAGGUGUUUUGUCAGUGUGCUGCAUAAACCUGAGGUUUACCGAUCAAAUCAUAAAAGAAACAACAUUUUAUAAACUGACUGCAGUGUAAAUAUCCAUUAUUAUGUACUUCUGAUUCUGGUUCAAUCAGUUUUACCCUAGAACCGACACCUGUCGGGGUUUUUUUUUGCAGUAAAAAAAAAAAUUAAAUAAUAAUGAAAUCUUGAAAUUAGUUUUUGGGGAGUUGGUUUUUGCAGAACACUUGGUUUGUAUUGUGUGUUCCUAUUGAUGUUUAUAAUAGAUGGACUUUUUGUGAGUUGUUAUAACAGAGUACAGGACUAUAAAAUAGAUUUUUUUUUAAAUCUCCACUGACAUUCAAAGAAGGCCCAGAUGACGUUAAAGAAAAAAAAAUUCAGAGAUAGAUUUUGUGGAGUUUUUGUCUUUGUUAAUCCUUAAAGAAAUGUAUUCAUGUUUGAUGUUUUUUCUGUUGCCUUUGGUUGUAGCGCUCUUUCAUUGCAGCUACCGCUAGAUGGCACCCUGUAAUCAAGAAUUGGAUUUUUGACCUCAGCCAUUUUCUGUGCAGCAGUGGCCUCAUUCAGACGCUGGUCACUUUGAGUUGGAUUUGAAUUGAGAUUGAAUGGAGGUUGUGUACAAACGAACUCGACUGCUCUGCUGCAUCUGGACUUUUCAACAGUCUGACUUUCUUAUUUAAAAAAAAAACAAAAAUGUAAAAUGCUUUCUAAGGAAUUGACAAAAGCUCUGUACACACUCCAGUAAUAAAAUGCCUAAAAACAAAA